AUUUAUAGUAUUUUAAGUUUCCCACUGAUAUUCGGCCAGUUUAUAAUGGAGAAAAAAAAAUGUAUAGAAAAAGAGAAAAAAGAUAGGAUUAGAGAUAUUGCUAUUCUAAACGAAAUAGCUGCUGUUGCAGGAGCGAUUAAUCGUCAUAAACAUAAACGAGGAGAAAUUGAAAAUAAGAAUGCCGAAAAUUUAUCUUUUAAACCGCAUAGCUAUUUAAAAAAUCCUAGACAUAGAUCAAGACAUAUGUCUUUAGUUAUUAGUACAAGACAUUCAGAUACGAAUGUAAAUAAUGAGACACAAUCUGUAUCUACAGGAUGGAUACAGAAGAAGGAUAGGCAUUUUCAGUUGAUUAAUGCAAGUAUUUAUGAUAGUACUGUAAAAAAAAGGGUAAAAGCAAUUGAAGAGACCCGUUUGCAGAAAAAAAUGAAACAGGAGGAGAUAUCUAAAAAAAAUAAAUAUAAGGGCGCUAGGGUGAAUGAAAUGAAGGAAUUAAUGAUUGAUGGUGUUAAAUUUUAUGUUAAAAAGAAUGGAUAUAAACUUAUUCGAGCAGAAGAUAAUGAUCCUUUUAUGGAAACAUCUAAAAAGGCUGUUGUAUCUGGUUCUGUUUUUUGGAGGACUAAAAAUGGGAACUUAUGGCAUACAUCACUUAUAAAGUCAAAAAUUGGAGAUAAGUCUCCUACAAAAAAAAGUGAGAAAUAUUGUCAAUAUUAUACACGAACAGGAAAAUGUUUGCAAGGAAAGUCUUGUUCUUAUAAACAUGACCCGGAUCAUGUAGCUAUCUGUCCAUUAUUUAUGAAGGGGAAAUGCCCAAAUAAAAAUGCAUGCGAUUUGUCUCAUGAGCCAACACCACAUCGUGUUUCUGCGUGCUUGCAUUUUUUACGUGGUCAAUGUUUAAAUAAGAAUUGUUUAUAUGCCCAUGUUAGGGUUAAUCCUUCUGCUCCUAUUUGUAGAGCAUUUGCAAUAGAUGGUUACUGCGAAAAGGGUAUUGAAUGUCGAGAAAAACAUUUACGAGAAUGCCCGGAUUUUUCUGAGAAGGGUUUAUGCUUAAAUAAGAAUUGUCGACUCCCACAUAUUGAAAGAGCUGCGCGCAAACGUAAAGAAUGUUUAUUAGCUACAAGCGAUGAUGAAUCGUCUUUUGACUUUGAACGUAAUGACUUAAUUUCAAAUGCUAAUGCUCAGACUGCUGAGAAAUCAUUUGAUAAAGACUGUUCCUCAUCUAGUCAUUCUAAAGACUGUUCUUCAUCUAGUCAUUCUGAUUUAGAUACUUUUAGUAGUCCAGAUUCUUCUUCUAUUGAUGUCGAUCAAGAUUUUAUUCGUUUAUAGUUUUCUUUGGAAUUUAUGGCAACAUUUUACUUUUAAAUCAUUUAUG